CAACCUUGACAACCUUAAUCCGACAAGGAAUUUUCUCUCUGGCCACGUUUAGUUGCUAUCCAAUGCGAACAACUCUCCUUGGACGAGUCUCGCCUUAGAUUUCUCAGUUCUUCAUACGAUUUUGGCUUAUAAUAAUGGAAGGAUAGCCAUUGUGGGAAAAUCAAGUGCAGAAUAUGCAAACUAUGGGGACUGAGAAUCCAAGCCAUGCCAAUUUGCCUCUAAGACCUGCUACUACACCCUUUGCUGCUCCUCAAAGUACGACACCUUUUUUAUCAUCUGGCCCAGUGGUUGGAUCAGAUGCCUCUCCUUAUAGACCUAUCAGACCUCCUACUCCUGAUUCUACACUGCCUUCCAUAUCACCUGGACCUGUGAUUGGAUCAGGAGCCUCUAGUUUUAGACCCACACCACCAGGUACCACUAAUGAUCCAUCUAUGCCGCCUCCACCCUCAUUGUAUACCCCACCGACUGCAGGACCUUUUCAGGGUUUCCCGACACCACAAUUUCCAUCAACGGUUCAACCACCUCCUCCGCGCACAUCACUUGCAGGGCAGCCGGUUUAUUCCUCAACAGUUAGACCUCCUGCAGGCCAUGUUUCAUACAUGCCAGCUUUCCCUCAUCUGCAGUCCCAGAAACCAUCGAUGCCAAUUCGACCUCCGCCUCAAAGCAUAAACACUGUGCCAUCAGGCCUGAAUGUUCCUCAGUCAACAUUAGAUUCGUCAUUUUUAGGUUCUAGGCCAAACUUGCAGCCAUCUUCGCCCCUGGUGGGAUCGACUUAUCCUGCUAGACCCACCUUGCAGUCAGCUUUUCCAGGAUAUCCUAGUAAGCAACCUAAUACAGUUACACAAGCUCCACUUGUUCAGACUCCUGCAUUUUCUGUUCAUCAAGGAGGUAAUGUUCCACCCCAAACGAUAGCAUCUGCUCCUUUUGUUUCUCAUCAAGGGGGUUAUGUUCCCCCUCCACCGAUUGCUGCGCCACAAAGUAUCUCUUCAAGGGCAGACAUGCAAUUUUGUGGGUAUCGACCCGAAAUGGGAUCCGUACAGGGCUUGAUAGAAGACUUCAGUUCACUCUUUCUUGAAUCUGCUCCAGGAUCAUUUGAUCCAGGACUUGAUUGUAAAGCUUUGCCGAGGCCAUUGGAAGGUGAUGUGGAGCCAAACUCUUUUGCUAUGAUGUAUCCCAUGAAUUGCAGUUCUAGAUAUAUGCGGCUCACAACUAAUGCGAUACCAAGUUCUCAGUCCUUAGUUUUAAGGUGGCAGUUGCCUCUGGGAGCUGUUGUCUGUCCCCUUGCAGAAGCUCCAGAUGGGGAGGAAGUGCCAAUAGUUAACUUUGCCACAACUGGCAUUGUCCGUUGCAGAAGAUGCCGAACUUAUGUGAAUCCGUAUGUGACUUUCACAGAUGGUGGAAGAAAGUGGCGCUGCAACAUUUGUUCUUCACUCAAUGAUGUACCAGGUGAUUAUUUCGCCCACUUGGAUGCCAGUGGAAGAAGAAUUGAUUUGAAUCAGCGGCCUGAGCUUACCAAGGGUAGUGUGGAAUUUAUUGCUCCAGCUGAAUACAUGGUGCGGCCUCCAAUGCCACCACUAUACUUUUUCCUCAUUGAUGUUUCAAUAUCUGCUGUCAGAAGUGGAAUGGUUGAGCUUGUGGCACAAACUAUUAAGUCCUGUUUGGAUAGGAUGCCUGGAUAUCCCCGUACACAGAUUGGGUUCAUAACAUUUGACAGCACGAUACAUUUUUAUAACAUGAAGUCAUCUUUUUCACAGCCUCAAAUGAUGGUAGUCUCGGAUCUGGAUGAUAUAUUUGUCCCGUUGCCAGAUGAUCUCCUUGUCAACUUGUUGGAAUCAAGAACCGUGGUGGAUGCAUUCCUAGAUAGCUUGCCCUCAAUGUUUCAGGAUAAUGUGAAUGUGGAGUCUGCUUUUGGUCCAGCUAUUAAAGCGGCAUUUAUGAUUAUGAGCCAACUUGGUGGAAAGUUGUUGAUUUUCCAGAAUACGCUGCCAUCACUUGGUGUUGGUCGACUAAAGUUGCGUGGAGAAGAUCUUCGUGUUUAUGGAACAGAGAAGGAGCAUGCACUAAGGUUAUCAGAGGAUCCAUUUUACAAACAGAUGGCUGCUGAUUUUACUAAAUACCAGAUAGCAGUGAAUGUCUAUGCAUUCAGUGACAAGUACACCGAUAUAGCCUCCUUAGGAACCCUAGCAAAAUAUACAGGUGGUCAGGUAUAUUACUACCCGAGCUUCCAAUCCGCCAUUCACAAAGAAAAAUUGAGACAUGAGUUAAGCAGAGAUAUCACAAGAGAAACUGCCUGGGAAGCUGUCAUGCGCAUAAGAUGUGGAAAAGGAGUGCGGUUUACAACCUAUCAUGGGAACUUUAUGCUGAGGUCCACUGAUUUAUUAGCACUUCCAGCAGUCGACUGUGACAAAGCUUAUGGAGCGCAGUUAUGUCUUGAAGAGACAUUACUAACUACCCAGACUGUAUAUUUCCAAGUAGCUUUAUUAUACACUUCAUCUUCUGGAGAAAGGCGCAUCAGAGUACAUACAGCAGCUGCUCCAGUAGUUUCGGAUCUAGGAGAGAUGUAUCGCCAGGCUGACACUGGUGCCAUUGUUUCUUUGCUUUGCAGGCUAGCAAUUGAGAAAACUCUUUCUUCUAAACUUGAAGAGGCUCGAAAUUUUGUGCAACUAAAGAUUGUCAAGGCACUCAGAGAAUAUCGAAAUCUCUAUGCUGUACAGCAUCGCUUGGGAGGCAGGAUGAUAUAUCCAGAAUCACUGAAAUUCUUGCCUUUAUAUGGAUUGGCACUAUUUAAAUCAAAAGCACUUCGGGGUGGGUAUGCUGAUGUUCAGCUUGAUGAACGCUGGUCAGCUGGAUGCACAAUGAUGGCUUUACCUGUUAAAAGAUUGUUAAAGCUUCUUUAUCCUAGUUUGAUACGUGUUGAUGAUUUUCUUUUGAAGGCAUCUUCUAAGGCUGACGAGUUCAACAACACUUGGAAAAGGCUACCACUUUCUGCAGAGAGCUUAGAUUCCAGAGGCCUUUAUGUUUAUGAUGAUGGGUUUAUAUUUGUUAUAUGGUUUGGAAGAAUGCUUUCACCAGAUAUGACUAUGAGUCUACUUGGAGAAGACUUGAAUACUGACUAUUCAAAGGUAGCUUUUCUUUUGGAGCCUUUACUGGAUGUCAAGGCUGCAAGUUGUGAAAACAGUCUCUCUGCACGCGUAUGUCUGACCCUCCCUAAAUCCCGCAGUGGCUGGAAUCUCAUGUACUGGUCUGUCUUAUUUUAUCAGAGCCUUUUCCUUUGAUCAAGCAAAUCCACAGUUUAGGACAAAUUUCCUACAUCUGUCAAAAGCUAAGUUUCCUAUAAUUCACCCCAAAUAUGAUUUUUUAUGCUUGACUGCAUUGCUUAAAACUCAGAAAUUUCAACAAAACGUUUUCGUCGUGCAAGGAAUUUUGAAAGCCCUUGGAGUUCAAACUUCUACUUUCUCGGACAAAAGUUUCCUUGUUUCGUAUGAAUCUCAUUUCCCCUAAAAGUUGAUGUUCACUGGGGAGUAGGAAAUUGACAGUAAGCUGGGAAUGUUCAGAAAUAGGAAUUCCUGCUCAUAGAAGCAUGGGGAACCAGUGUUUAAAAGCAGAUGUUCUCAAGAGUCGAUAUCAUUAGGGUUUUGGAAAAGUGUUGUCUAUUGAGGAAGUGAGGCUUUCCUUGACUUGAAGUAGGUGCUCUGGAUCCAAGAGAGAAACCGAAUUUUUUGUGUAACCACCUGGUACGUAAGGGUAUAAGUAGCAACCUAAGUAAUAUAGGGAUUAUGUUGUAGAUUUGAGUUCUUACCCGUUUUCUGUUUGGUAUUACCAUGGAUGGGAAGGAUUAUGAGUUUUUUGAUUGUUAGAGGGAACAUAAUGUUGAUCUCGAUCUAGUCGACUCUGUUGAUUUAGCAGAUUCAGCCGGUUGAACGAGCGGAGCUAGCAGCACCCCCAGUAAGGAAUUGGAUGACAAGGGGAGAAGUUAGAUCCCAAUGUUCCAUUCUGUCUUUUUUUUCUUUGUUGUUCACAGCUUGACUCUCAUUUUGGAGCAGAAGUCACACAAACUAAGGCUGUUGGUGGUGUUCUGGAGGGAAAAAAAAAACAUCACCAGAGUAUCAUAAGAGCUUACUAAGACAACAUGCUACAACUAACAGCAAAGAAAAGGCUCAAAUAAAGUCAAGAAGUUGAUCACAUGCAGGCAUCUAGGGGUUGAUAGCCAGAAUCUUUUUCAGAAAGUCUUGGUUUGUACAUGCUUCUAAGUUGUAAAUCUAAAAUUCAGCUUGAACCAUGGUUUCCGAAGUGAGGCUUGCUACCAUUCAGUUGGAUGAACUCAGUGCAAUUGAAGGGUGAACAUGCAAUCAUUUUCGGGAAUUUACAUUCAGUGUUCUGAGGCUCCUAAAUUGCUCAAAAUCUCUAUGGAUAUAGUUGCAUCAUAUUGUUCAGCUUUUCUUUAUGGUACAAAAUAACUAUGCACAUGUUCGAAAGAUUUGUUAACUAGAGCUUCUUCGUGCUCGGUAAAAUAAAUGCAGCUUGCAAGAAGUAUGGUGACCUAAAUAUAUUAACAUUUGUUCGUUAAAUCUUUCUAUUCAAAGAAUUGGUUGAGGAUUAAGGGUUUCCCUAUGAAAUUUUGAGAUUUUAGCUGUAGGAAAACACUUUUAAGAUACCAAAAUAAAAAAUAAAAAAUCACAUAUUAGCUGGAUACCAGUCUAAUAAUUGAUUCAUUUGCUUACAUUGCCAUACUUGUGUUACUUCUGCUGUGAGUUGGCAUUACUGUUUUUCUUUAGCUUCUACCUGUUGAUGGUGCAUAAAUUCUUUCUUAGUCCUUUUUCUACAGUAAUCACAAAAUUUUCUGUUGUUGCCUGUCCACCUCACACUCUUUUUUCUUCCCUGUUCAGCAAGAAUGACUGUGUCCGUGUGUGAAUGUGUCUUGCAGUUAUUUGCUUUCCUGCUUCUUUCAAUUUUAAGUUGCAUUUCUUGCUGGCUACUUUUCAGCUGCCUCCCUCUUAUGCUGUGUUACUGUCUUUUUUUUUUUCCUUGUCUUUUUGGGUGUC